GCCAACAUGGGAGGAGCCGCCGGGCCGGCCGCGGGACGGGGCACGGCCCGCCGGAAGGUGUCGGGCAGCGGCAUGGGCACGGUGCAGGGCACUGGCGGCAUGGGCACGGCGCGGGGCACUGGCGGCACGGCCCCGGUGCGGGACAGCGGCGGCAUGGGCACGGUGCGGGACAGCGGCGGCGUGGCCCGGGGGCUCCUUCCCCUGCUCCUCGUGGCUGUCUUAAUUAUUGAAACACAGUGCAAAAAUGAUACUGAAGCUCUAAUAACAUACAACAGGAAGAUAAUUUCCAGGAGGGAAGUUAAGUGCAACAAGGAUGAAUACCCUUUAGAUACUCAGUGUUGCAAGAAAUGUAAAAGUGGUUUUGUUAAAAAUGUCUCCUGCCCAACAGAUACUAUCAAACACUGUGUUCCAUGUGAGAAAGGAAAGGAAUUCAUGAAUCACCCCAACGACUUGGACAAAUGUUGGAGAUGCAAAUUGUGUGACAGCAAAUUUGGUUUGGAGGUUGUAAAGAACUGUACCCCAGAAGAGGACACGCAGUGUGCCUGUGCACAGAACUAUUUUUGCAGUCCUGUAGGAUGUGACAGUUGCAUGCAAUGUACCAUAUGUGAAAGCGGUGUAAUUGAGAAACAAUGUACUUCAACUUCAGACACUGUAUGCGGAACAAAAGAACCAGAAACCCUGUGGUGGGUCAUUGCUUUGGUAGCUUCUGUAGCACUGCUAGCAAUAGUUGGAGCAAUAUGGUGGUGCAAGAGGAAACAUAAGGGUCUUACAAUCAAUGAGCACCUCAAUAACGGAGUUUACAAACCAGAGCCUUACGAGAGUGUACUUCUCAUAGACACAGAUGCUGACCUGAGCAACCACAUUCCUGGUAUUGUGGCAGAGAUGACACUUGCAGAAGUCAAGAAAUUUGUUCGCCACAACAAUGUAUCGGAACCUGUCAUAGACCAAAGCAUUCAGGAUUGUCAUGGUGAUACAUCUGAACAGAAGAUUAGGCUGUUUCGAGACUGGUACCAAAGUCAUGGGAUGAAGGGAGCCUAUGGAACCCUAAUAAGCAGCCUGAGAGAGUUAAAAAUGUGUGCUGCAGCUGAUAAAAUUGAGGAAAAACUAAAGGCAGCUAUUUCCAGCUCCCAGGAUGGGGGACGGUCUUAUAAUCCUGACACAGAGCAAAGCAAAACUUGCACUCUAGAGGGUAGAAAUUCUUACAAUGAUAGUGCUGAGCUAAGUAAAGCCUAUACUGGUAGUUUGGAAGAGACCUAGAGCAGAAUAAUUUGAAAAUUAUUUCUGAAUUAGUAUUUUUCUAAUAUAAAUAAAAGAGCUUUAAAAUGGCAUUUUCACUGGCAGUUCUGGUUGAGCUCAAGUAAAUUAUUAUAUGCCAAAGGAAUAAUUACAAAUUUUGUAGCAAUAUCUUUCCUUUAAAAAAAGUUUAGCCUUAUUUGGUUGUUAAGGCCUGGAAGAAGUAUUAUGACUUGUUUACUAAAAGGUGCAAUAUAAGACUCCAGCCAGAGGAUUCAUUACGAGAGGAAAAAAGUCAUUAUUUGAAGAAAAGGUAUGGUUUAAAUGCAUGGUCCUGCAUUAUUUAAUCAAUGUAAGGUUUUGCUUACAUUAAAAAUGCAGGAUGUUCCUGUUUUUUGAAGUGAAAACUCUGGUAUUAUGAGUCUAGAAAGUGUACCAGGAAGAAUACUUGAAAAAAAAGUUACUUGCCUUAUAUAUGAUUGAGAUAUAGGUGUUGCUGUGUAGAUUCUACUCUGCUGCAAAUACAAUUUCUUUCAUAAAAGCACUUCUGUGUGUAUAUGGAGUUUUGUAUAUGUGUUCAAGUUUUCCGUACAGAAAGCUCACAGUUCUAGGUAAAAAUUAUUAUUUCUAUUGUUCUCAGCAAUGUUUGUAAGCCUCUUCUAAUGUUAGAACCCUUCAAAGAAAUAGGAGCUGAAGGGUUAGCAGCACAACAGAACCAUCAUUUCUGGAAGGCAACCUUUGGAGUGCAUGAAGCUUUUCUAAUGCAGAAACUGAUGCAAUGAAAACAAUUUUUUUAUUAAAAAAAUAUCUGCAUAA